AUUUAAAAAAAAAAGGCUAAUACUACUAAUAAUAUCCUAAAUAAUAAUAAUUGAAAAAGAAAAUCAGUUAUGUAUAGAUAAGAAAAGAACACUGAGUAACAUUCAAUCUCCCUCCAUGGCUUCCGUCGUAUUCCCUCCACGAUUAAAUACACAAUGCUUUACUCGACCCAAAUUCUUGACCCAGACAUCCACUUCUCGGAUCCUGAAAACCCGAUCCACCAACUCUUUCUCUACGAGUGGUAUCCAACAGCAACAAGACGAUUCAAAACCAAGCAUCUCCAUUGAUAAUCUUCACCGCUUUUUUCAACUCAAUGAAGGCAGAUGGACUGGCUCUUUCCAUCAAUUUGAUCUGCGUGGAAAAUUGAUGCAAAAAGUGAAUACAAAGCUGUCUGUUACUACUUACGGAGAAGAUGAACUCAUGAGUCUCAUUCAAACCCUGUAUAUAGAACAACCACCAUUAUAUGAUGAAGAGCCACAAUGGGCAGAAUACAAGAUUAAGGAAACCAAUAUGUUCACUGUCGAUAAAUAUCAACAGAUUGGUUUUUUUCCCAAUGAGAGGGCUUUUGCUCUAAGGUACCAGACUGCUGGCAUGCUUGAAACUGUACUAAGGCAAGGAGUUCUUGGGGAAGAUGAUACUGGAGAAGAAUCACCCAGAAAUCUUAAGCUUCCUUCUCGGCGUCCUUCUAUUGUAUGCGAGAAUUGCCUAUAUUCGCAAGAGAAGGAUAGACGAGCAAGAGCAUUUCAUAUCAUGGACCCAAGAGGUGUUUUAGAAAUGCUUCUUGUUUUUCUUGAGGAUAGAGGUGAUAGGAUCCUUUCUCAUCCUUCACUUGACAGUAACAUUGAUAGUGCAACGAGGAUCCUGCCAUUUCUUGGUAAGUGGAAAGGCCAUUCUAUAACCAAACGCAGUGGUGUUUAUGGAUCAACAAUGACUGAAGCUGAUACAGUAGCUUUGCUCGAAAUGGAUGAUAAGGGUCAUCUGAUCCAGGAUAUUACUUCCACGUCUGGUGGAGGUGAUGUUACAAUUAAUGUGCACUGGACGGGUACCAUGGCAGAUGACUUGGUAACAUUUGAAGGAGGAUAUCAAAUUACUUUAUUACCAGGAGGCAUGUACAUGGGAUGCCCAUCAGAUAUUGCGAAAAGUGUUGCAGAAUCCAAGUCAUUUCAUUUGGAAUUCUGCUGGCUUGAGUCUCCUGGCAAGAGACAAAGACUAGUUAGAACUUAUGAUGUAGAAGGCUUGGCUGUCUCAUCAACUUAUUUUUCCGAAAUUAAAUUGUAAGUUUCACCUUUAUGCAUCAUUGUCAAAGUGAUUUUCAGAUAUGAUAUAGAAAUUUAUAUGCUCAAAUUGAUGUAUAAAACAGAAUGGAAGAAGCAGAAGUCCAUUACUGUAGCAUGAGAUAAGAUGCAUAUUCUUUCAGUUGUAUUUCAGGAUUUUUCUAGAACUAGGUGGGCAACGAGAUUUCCAAGUUUCUAUAAAAGAGAAAGGCAUGUUUGUUGAGAAA